GGGGGGGGGUCUCACAUUAUCAACCAGCUUCCGGACCGUACCGAUGGUGCAGCGGAUUCAACCCCACAUCGAUCUGGAACUUUGUCGUUAGUGCUCACCCAGAAGAAGAGCUUCUGCGGAGUAGUCUUCACCCCUAUAGUGCCGACCUAGUGGUUAUCUGAGCAUUUGAUCGCAACGAUUUCACCUAGAGCGGUGGAGUGAUUUUCAGCUGCUGCCUGAUAGGAAGGAUUGUCUAACGGGAUUGGGGGAACGUGCAAUCUAGCAAUGGGGUCGCUCGGGGGUUCGCGUAGCACCCUGCUGAUUUUGCUGCUACUGUGUUUGAGCUUGGCUGUUGGCGGUCGCGCCCAAACGCUUGCUCAGCAGUUCACUCCGUGGACUGAAAAUGCGAGGUUCACUACUGACACUCAAAUGCAGCUCACCUUGGAUCAACGCUAUGCAGCUGGGGCAGGAUCCGUGAACGUUUGGACGUACGUCGACAUCAGCGCGUACAUAAAGAUGCCGCCAUUCGAUUCCGCUGGUACUGUGACAACGUUCUACAUGUCGUCUCAGGGUGACCAGCAUUACGAGCUGGACAUGGAGUUUUUGGGAAACACUAGCGGACAGCCCUUCCUGCUUCACACGAAUGUGUUCGUUGAUGGGGUUGGGGGUCGCGAGCAGCAAAUGUACCUGGGAUUCGACCCCUCUGCUGACUUCCACUACUACAGAUUCCGGUGGAGUAAGGAUAUGGUUGUUUUCUACGUCGAUAACAAACCCGUCCGAGUUUUCAAGAAUCUGGAAGGCACGGUACCGGGGACUAAAUACCUGAACCAGCAAGCAAUGGGGGUGUACAUAAGCAUCUGGGACGGUAGCAGUUGGGCCACGCAAGGAGGGCGUGUGCCCAUCAACUGGGCUUCCGCUCCAUUCACUGCGACGUACCAGGACUUCGCACUGAAUGGGUGCGUGGUAGACCCCAACGAUCCCAAUGGAGUUGCAGCAUGCCAGAACUCUCCGUAUGCAACCGGAGCAGCCUUGAGCAAUCAGGAAGUUUAUGAGUUGGGGCAGAACAAAGCUUACAUGAUGAAAUACGACUACUGCGACGACAGGGUUCGAUACCCAGAUGUGCCACCUGAAUGUCCUUACAACAACGUGUAGAAUACGGAAUGAGUCGUGUACAUGUUACGUGCUAGCUAUUUGGGGCGUGGUUGCCUAGUGAAGAUAUAGUUGCGUAGAGGUCAUCUGAUUCUUUUGUAUAUUAAUUGUACGCGGAUGUCGAUUCUUGAAAGGAAGAUUUGGUUGUAGCUCAUAUUAUUAAAAAUAAGCACUAUAAUAGGUAAUAUUUUAAAUGUACUAUUGAAAGAUAUAACUGUAAGAUGUACUAAUAAUUUAUUAGCUGAAUGUCGUAUGUUUAAAGUUCAGGAUAUUAUGAGUGACUCGAAGUACCUAUCAACUACUUUUGUGAGAAUUGUAUAUUAUAAUUUGUAGCAAAUACUAUUUAAUAUCUUUUAAAUUUUAUUGAUUAAUAAGUGAACAUAAAAUUUUA